CGUGAAUGUUAUUUUUUGUAAACCACGCGUGAAGCUCAGUUUCGACUGCCAAAAUGGAUUAUAUCAAACUGAGUUUAAUUGUCAUUUUUGUAAAUGCCAUUCAAGCGAUUCCAAUGCAUCAGAGCGAGCAACACAAUAUAAUAGCAAUAAAUGCCCCAGAAAAAAGUGAACCCGAUGAACGUUUUGUAAAACUUGCAGCCAGCGUAAGAGAAAUGGUUCAGUGCAUUCAGGAAGUAGCAAAACCGGAAUCUACGACAAAGACCCCUUCGUUCGGAGACUUAUUAUGUUCAAGGACUCAUGAAACUGUUGAGUGUUACGAUGGAUUUUUCGAGGGUGUCCUAAUGAGUAUUGGGGAGGAAAACAUAACGGAGGCAAAAUCAGUUGUGAAAAAAGCGUUUUUCAGAAUAUCUGAAUCGCUUUGCAAAAAUGAUGUUUUCAGGGACCCGAACUUCCGUCUGUUGACUUUGAAAUUUAAACUACGGCAGCGAGAGUGCAACAUGACUGAUAUUGUUUUGCGGAACGGCUUCACCAAUUGGGAUUCUUCGGUUUGUGAGGAAAUGGAACAGAGUCGAUUGUGUGUGUUGUCGGAGUUUGAGGAAGAAGAUCCUGUACAAGUCAUCUGGAGUGAUUUGGUAAAUGCAGUUACGCAACCGUUUAUGGAACAGAACCACUGUCAGACAGGUGAUGAUGAAUUGUACCGAUGAAAUCACUGAAUGAUUCAAAUGCAGUUCUUUUUUUCAAAUAAUACCAUAAGUUCAGCUUUAAGAUAAAAUAUGGUAGCAGCUUAAAAAAAAUUGUUCCAAAACAAGAAAAUUAUUAAUGAUUGUUAAUAAAUCGGGAAAAGCUUAACAAUAUCAAAAGAGAUGUGGAAGUUCGUCAGCGCUUUGGACCCUAAAUGCCCAGGAACAAAUUAGCUUUGUCCUUUGUCAUUUAAUAAAUAUG